ACUCAGUUGAAAUCAGACUGCGGCUGGAUGAAGUUCUUUUUAAGAGUGUGACACCACAUAGUUUGAUAUUUCGUUGUUUUUCAAAUUGUUCGAUUCUUUUUCGAAUAAAUUUCAUUAUUUCUUUCAAAAAUAUUCUGUGUUUACAUUAGCGUUUGUGAAUUUUGACAAUUGAUAUGCUGAGAUUUGUUAAAGUUAAAACUGAAUAAUCGUAUAAAAACAACAUUAUCACUUGCAAAAUGACAAAAUUUUCAAUUGUUCUGUUGAACAUAUUUUGCAUCGGAAUAGUGGUCGUUUUGAGCGAUAAAUCGAGUGAUACAUUGGUGUACGUAAAUAAUUUGCAAACUAAACUGAAACUUCCACCAAACUCGAAUAUAAAUUUGGUCGUUGGAAACACUGGUGUUGGAAAAUCGACUUACGUUCACUAUGCAGCCGGCGAUUAUAGCAAAAUGAUUUCUCAUCGAUCGGGUCGAAAAUUGAAAAUUUUUGAUGGUUUAGAUCCUGAACUGAAUAGAACGACAUUUGCAACGGAAUCACGAACGCUUAUUCCAGAAAUGGUGAUCGACGAAGACGGAUAUGUGUGGUAUGAUUGUCCUGGCUUCGGUGAUACACACAACGAAACGGUCGAAAUUGCUACAUCGUUCCUAAUCAAAAAUAUCAUUGAAAAUGCAUCGUUUGUGAAAAUAGUGUUCGUCGUAGACUACGAAGCAGUAACUGAAGGCUACAAUCGCGAUGGAUUCGACAAAUUAUUAUCUGGUGCGACGCAAUUAAUCAAAAAUAUCGAACGAUACAAACAGAGUUUUUCGUUGGUGAUAACAAAGGUUCCGCAAUCCGAUGAAUUUGGUGAACUGCUCGAUGUUGAUGUUAAAAGUUCAGCGUUCGAUUUCAUUGAUAAGCAUCGCAAAUUUUUACAAACAAAAAAACUGAGCGAAAAAAAGAUUCAAUUGAUCGAUGCAUUGUUGGAACAAAAUGCAAGCGGUGAUUAUCCAAGAAUAUCGAUAUUUUGGCGACCCUCCCAAGCGGGAUCAUUCGAUGGUAUAAAUCGAAUGACUGAAGGUCGACGAAAAACUCGUGAAUCUAUACUUCAACACUGCUCGUACGUUGAAAUACAGAAUAAUGACUUUGGAUUUCCUCUGACGGCUGAAGCGCAAAUAGAAGUGCAUAAUAUAACAAAAAACUCAAUUGAUAACAUUUCGAACGAUCUACAGAGCAUCGUUAAUCAAGUACUGAACGAAAUACAGCUAGAAAUUGGAUCAGUCGACGAUUUUGAAGAGAAAUUGUAUUUGAUUGAACUUGCGAAACGUUGUGUCAAUGUGGUUCAAAACAAGACUGAUAACAAUGUGAUAGGACUGAAGCAACUGACUGAACGAUUGAAAAAAAUCAUUCAAACAUUUGAAAUUGAAACGAUUGAUAAGAGUGUUUUUGACCGAAUGGAACAUCAAGAUGUAAAUCUUCACAUAUUUCUAUCUCUUAUUGAAACCGAAGCAUCCCAAUCAAAUUCGGGCAAAAAUUAUGAUUCAUUUUUGGAAAAAAUCACCGAACGUUCUGCCAAAUGGGAGAGAAGUGUACAAGAACGUAUCAUGAAUGAAGCGCAACAUACAAUCGCAAACAUUUCCACCGUCUUAACGGAUGUUGAUACACAAAUAUUAGCCUUGGUAAAGAAACGUCUGCAAUCAAUCGAUCUAUUCCAAAAUCGAUUAGAGUGGCUGCACCUGCUGAAAGCCGACAUAAAUGCUAUUUCUGGCGAAUUCAAACUGGAAAAUAAAAUCAAGGAAUUUGAAGUAUUUAUCGAAUAUGUAAACAUAUCAUCAACCAAUUUCAAAUUACUGAAUAAUCUAAAGCGACUACGGAGCGAUUUAGUCCAAAUGAAAUUAUCAGCAAGCUCUGUAAUCACCGAUCCCGUAUAUGAUUGGAUGACAAAAUCGUCGAGUACGGUUGAUUAUUUGACAUCGCAAUACGAUUGGUACAGCUUUCUGCAGAAAACGUACAAUUUCUUCGGUAGUUACGAAGUUCAAAAGGAUAUCAGCCUAUAUAAUGUGGCUCAUUUAUCGGAUUGGGGAAAAAUCGAUAAGCCACAAGACCUUUUAGUUGAUGCAGACAAUUACAAUGAAUUCACCCAAAAAAUCACCACUUUGGAUUUUACGCCAACCGAAUGGAAUUUACGAGAAUUGAAUGAUAUUAUAAAUGUUACGUUGAAAUCUCGGCCGCAACAUGAAUACAAUGAUGAACACAGCAGCGUUACGAUCAAAGGGAAUUUUGUUAGGAGCUCAGAUAUUCUGCCAUUCACCACUAUAGUAUCUUUGAAACGAAUCAAUGUGUUUGUGGUGGACACAUUUUACGUCGACUGCAACUUGACGUUGAACCCAUUUAAUGAAGUGGAACUCAAUAUUCUGGCGCAUACAUGGAAUAUUCGACAAGAUGCCACAUUCCAUUUGAAUGGAGCCAAAGGUGCAAACCAAUAUCAACCGACAACAAGUGGAACAGCCGGAAGACAUGGUAUUCCAGGAACAAAUGCUGGCGACUUUUUUGGUUUCGCCAAUAGCGUCGUUGAUGGUGAUUUGUUAACGGUGGAAUUGAACGGAGGUAACGGUGGAAAUGGACAAGACGGGAGCGGUAGUGAAGAUUAUCGACAAACAUUCAAAAGUGUAGAACUCAAAGAAGAAUUGGUCGGUGAUAGCGUAGGAGAAGUCACAAAAACUUUAGUCGAAAAUUAUUUCAGUCGAAACGGAUUUUUUUUUUAUUGCUCAAGAAAUGACAUAUCAACUUUCAACAAUAUUCUAAUAAUUCGUGAUUAUGGUAGAAAAUAUAUGGAAUAUGUAUUAAUGCCAAGGGGGUGCUGUGGCAAGACUGGUCAAGGUGGUGAAGGUGGACUCGGUGGACACGAAGGCUACUUUACUUUCAUACGUGCAAACAAUAAGUCUGGUUUACCAAAACAUACGGGAAAUACUGGUUUCAACGGACUUAGCGGCAGUGAUGGAAGUGUCUGUAGUACUUAUCAACUUGAUGUUAGUGUAAUUUGUAAUUGGUCUUUCGUGCUUUGGUACAAAGUAAAGGCUAAAAUUCAGAAAAUGUCUAGCUCCCUAUAUUCUGGUUGUCCUGUUCGGUAUUCAUACAACGAAGAAAAAAUAGCGAAGCCAAAGCCGAAAUCGAACAAAUUAACCUAUGCAUUGGCAGUUGUUAAAUAUAAGACAUUUCUACUUGAAAAAAUGAGUUCUGAAUCGCUGUUGAAAACAAUACAGAACACGUACAAUGCGAUAGACUUCAAUUCAGAUAUAAAUAGCGCAUAUUUACCAACGGAGUUUGCAAUUGAAAUGAAUGCAUUGGAAAUGGAGUUUAUUCGGUUGAACGACCAUAUCAACAUGUUACCAAUGUACUCCAAUUUGCUGAAGAGAAUGGACGAAUACAGCAGAACAAAAGUGAAUAAUCUAUCAAAUGCUGAUCGAAAAUUACUUACUCAACUCUAUUUGAUCGCAUUAAGCAGAAAAAUGUCAAUAGAAAAUGCCCACAAUGGCGACUUAAUCGUGGAUAUUAAUAACGUUUUCCAUGUAAUCAGUGAAUACAUAGAAAAAUUGAAUGCAAAUGAACGAAUAAAUGUGAUCACCGAACAACGAGAUCGAUACAAAAACGAAUUACGCGAAAAAAUAACGAAGGCGAAUGAUUUUAUCAAAAAUGAUAUUGAACCAGAAAUUGAGAAAACCUAUACGGUUCUAAAUGUUGAAAUGCAAAAAACGCUCAAUGAGUCAAUUGCAUUGCAAGCCAAACAAAGGGUGAAAAUUCGACAAAAAGAAGAGAAAGCCAAUGAAAUCCGGCGAAUGGCGAUGAUACAUAAAUUGAUUGCUAUCGCAAAACUGGCUAUCGGCGUUUUGUCAUCUGCGUAUGAAGUUUUUUUCAAGCCUGUUGACCUCUUAACAAGUGAAACCGAUAGAACUGGCAGAACAGUGUCAAAAACAUCGACAAUUAUUGAAGAAAACUAUCAAGAGAAGUUGAAUCUGAUGGAUAGCGAAUUAGGUCAAUUGGUGUCCUUUGUGAAUGGCAAUGAGGAUAGUGGAAAAAAUCGUUUCAGUAAACGUUUAAUCGAUUUACACUCACAGGUGAAACGAGUAAAAUUGGAACAAUCAUACAGUCGAACAUCGAUUUUAUUGCUUGAGUGCACUGAAUUCAUUCAACACACUCUUACCAAUCCGACCAACGAAACUGCACCAGGAAUUUUACAACGAAUGAAAAAAACAUCAAAUUUUUUCGUUGCCAUCGCAUCGAAUUAUCAGAAUUAUCGGCAAUAUUCGGAAGAUGAUGGGAAACUUGAAGAAAUCAGCAAGUCAAUAAAUCAAGAUAUGAAAACUCUAACAGAGCUAAUGCGAUUGGAAGAUCAAAUACAUUUCGAUUUAUUGCCAACGAUCAACGAAAUGCACACACAUUUGCGGAAUGUCGGAAAAAACUUUACGGAUAAAUCAUCGGAGGCGUUGGAUGUGAUGAAAUGGAAGACCCAUGACAUUCUUCGUGCAAUUCAAAAGAAACUGGGUGACGCAAUCUCUGGUCGCAGUACCGAAUAUGGUAUAAACAACUGUUUGGUUCGCAUUGGUGAAACCAUGAAUCUUCUCAUUGAUAUCUACGAUCAUAUUCAGGGGCAUCAAGAGCAAUCGCGAUUGAUUUCUUAUUUGAGUGACUUACAAUCGAUGAAUCAUCAAAAUGUUCAGCUCCCGCAAAAUAUCGAAUUCAUUCAAUUGGAAAUGAAUCUUCAAACAAAUCUUAUCCUUUCUCUGUACAAUCGAGCUAUGAAUGCAUUUAAACAAGCCAUUUUUCCGUAUGCCGCUGAGUAUUUGGACUUUUAUCAACUUCCAUCCACGCUGAUUGCGAACAACUCAGAUAUGAAUCAGUACACAACAGUCGUCACGCACAAAAUACAGUCGUUGAGGGAAAAAAUGCAGAUAUUCAACGCGACCGUUAUCAAUUCGAAUGAUAUGUCGAUACAUGUUGCGGAAUUCAACAAUGAGCCAGGUUCAAGAGGACCCUUUUAUGCAUGGUCGAAUAACGAAGUGCACGAUCAAAUCGAACAGCUGUUCAAUGGAACGAAAAUCUACCUUCUUGCCGAUGUUGAACGAAGCGACAAAAGAAACGCCAUCAAAUUUGCAACAAUUGAUAUCGAAUUUAGGUCUGCGAACCAAACAGUGAAGGGCCAGUUGAGUGAAAUCCUUGAAUCUUUCCACGUUUCAAUGACGCACAUGGGCGAAUCAAAUUAUCGAUGUAACAAUGAGUUUUACACAAUUCCCAGUCGGCCGUUGACCAUUGGGUUCAGCUUUGGUGGAAAAAAUAACAAACCGACUGACCGUAAUGCUGCGUACGAUAAACUUGUGGCUGGUUUCAGUUUAUUAAGUCCAUACACUUUGUGGGCCGUUCAGUUGAGGCAUGGUGACUUUGAUAAAUUAAAACCAUUUGCUCAUUUGGUUGAUAUCGAACUGCACGGCUUUGGACAAUACGUUGAAGAAGGCGCUUCGAUUUGUAACAGUAAUUUGGAAAAAUAUUAUAAACUUAAGGACGUUGCUCACGGUUGAGACUGAUGAGUCUAACUAACCAUUUUGAUUAUAUUUAUUAUUUAAUUGAAACAAGUCUAACGAAUUAAUAAAGUCAAUAAAACAGUUCAAUGUAUUAAAAAUAUUGAGAAAAAAAGUGUUUUGGAAUAAUAAUAGGUACGUACCGGUACCCAAGUAAGUGUCGGCACUUUGUAGCUCUGAAAAUGGCCAAUUUGAAUGUGCCAUUAAAAUAUCAAAAUUAUCAUAAAUUAAAAGUUUAUCCGAACUUACAAACGAGCUAGCCUAGAUCGUGUUAAUAACCUUUUUGAAAUCAGAUUUAAUGAUUACUAUACAAA